CUAAUGUAACAAAUAGAAACCACCACAACGUCCUUCUACCAACCUGGGCAGAAAAAAAGUACCCAAACUUCCUUUUGACGUUGACAUGGGGAAAUUUAUUUUAGUAAUAGUGGCGAACGUGUUGCUCUUCCUUUUUGUUGCGUGAAAUGGCGCCGACAGUCGAAAAGAAAACCAAAACGGUAAAGGGACUGCCAGCAGUACCGGAAUCGGUGUUGAAGCACCGUAAGAGGCGCGAGGCCUCCAGGUCCAAGAAACUUCAGUCCGAAAUCAAGAAAAAGAAGGAACAGAUCCAGAAACGUAAAGAUAUCUUCAAGAGGGCCGAAGAAUACGUUAAGGAGUACCGGCUGAAGGAACGCGAUGAAAUCAGGCUCAUCAGACAAGCGAAAAAUCGUGGCAACUUCUAUGUGCCCGGUGAAGCAAAGUUAGCUUUUGUUAUUCGUAUUAAAGGUAUCAACAAAGUGGCCCCAAAAGUCCGUAAAGUUCUCCAGCUAUUCAGGUUACUUCAAAUCAACAAUGGAGUGUUUGUAAGGUUGAACAAGGCCACCAUUAACAUGCUGAGAAUUUGUGAGCCCUACAUUACUUGGGGCUACCCCAACUUGAAAUCAGUUAGGGAACUGAUCUACAAAAGGGGUUUUGCUAAGGUUAAUGGUCAAAGGAUAGCAAUUACCAGCAAUCAGAUCAUUGAAGAUAGAUUGGGAAAAUCGAACAUUAUCUGUGUGGAAGAUUUGAUCCAUGAAAUCUUCACUGUAGGCCCUAAUUUCAAAUAUGCCUCAAACUUCUUGUGGCCAUUUAAGCUAAACACUCCAACUGGUGGAUGGCGCAAGAAGAGCAACCACUACGUUGAAGGUGGUGACUUUGGUAAUAGGGAAGACAAAAUCAACGAGCUUCUCAGGAGGAUGGUUUAAAUACCUUGACAUGUUUUUAAUAAAGUUUAGAAAUAAGACA